AGGUGCACAGAGAGUGUGUGCCUCUUUGCAGAAGGACCCCGUAUGCAGAAGUGGGGGUGCUGGCUCUAUCUUCCUCCACUUCCUCCUGGGCAGAAGGAGCUGAGCAUUCUUUCACGAAGUAGCCACCGCAGAAAGUCCCCGGCUUUCUCAACCUUCCUGCACCUCUCCACACGGGGAAUCACAGUGCGAAACUGGCAACAGCCACCACGAAGGGACCCUCAGGUCUGAAGGCUCAAGGGCCUUGGAAGGUGCAGUGGGGCAUGCCGCAUGGUUCCCAGCUGUUAGAUGGUGGGCAUUGGAAGUUCUUCCUAGGACUCACGAAGAGACUCCCACUGUUCUUCCACGUGUGGUUUUCCUGGAAAAGAGAACUCCUCAUUGCUGCACUGGAGAAAGAUCCCGACUGGCAAAGAGCCAAGCUACUCCCAAAGAUCAUGAACUUGUCUUCUGAGCACUGCGACAUAUCAGACUGGCUGAGGCUAGAGGCAACAGUGAAGGCCUCUGUCUACGUGGUCGCCUUCUCCUUUGCCACGUUCAUCACUGCCCUCAUUAUCGUGAUAGUGUCACAGAACUUGAACCUGCGGAGAGAGGUCUGAUACAUCUUCCUUUGCCAUCAUCUGCUGUGCAUCUCUUCCUACUGCGGUCUGGGGAUUGUUUUCCAAGGCAUGCGGGCCGUGCUGGCCAACAGCCCCCUGCUGAUAUGCUGGGUGGUGUUUGGGGCACAGCUAAGUGUUGGAGAAGGGAUUCUCUUCACUCUGGCCUUGAUGGCUCUCAACACUUACGUGGUGAUUUGCUGGCCACUGAAAUCUCCGUCCUUUGUCAAUUCAGUUAAGUAUAGGAUUCUGGCUGGGACUUGGGCAACAGUUAUACUUAAGAAUGUUUGUUUAUUCCUCAUAGAGAGCACUAACCCCACUGUGGUUUCUGUUUUUAAGUCUGAACCCCUUUGCCCUGUGAUUUUGAAUGGCACUGCUGCCAGGGCCAUUGGCAUGGUUUUCCUUUUCGUUUUUUUAUCUGUCAUUCUUGUAAGUUACUCUCUGAUAUACCAAGAAGGGAAACGUGCUGGCCAUUUUAAUAGGUCGAAUAUCAAAGCAAGGAGAACGAUCCUUAUUCAUUUAGUUCAGAUCAGCUUACAUGUAAUACCAACUCUCGUAUUCAUAGGUUUGGGGAAGGUGUGUGGGUUGUUUUACUUUGCCUUAAAUCUGGUGCUUUUUGGCAUCUUUGCCUUUGCUCAGUGUUUUAACCCUCUGAUCUAUGGGCUCUGGAAUAAAGAGCUGCAACACAGAUUGCACCGCUGGGUGUGCUGUCAGCUGUGGCCCAGCCACGCUGGGAACAGCAGAAUUUAAACAAAAGCUCAGCCAUUUUGAAUCAGCAACUCCAGUCCUGUUGGAUUCAUCGGCUAAGACUAAGGACUUGCCUUUCACUUAACUUAAAACUGGUGCCUUGAUUUGAUUUUAAAAGCAAUAUGAGUAAGUCAAAGUUAUUUGUUUGGCUUAUAAUCUUCACUCCUGCGUACAUUGAAUUGGCCUCAGUGAAAUCAUUUUAGUGUCUUUAAUUUUAAACCCAGAUCAGUAUUUUUGGCAGCAUGUCCUACUGUGUUUGAGUAGUUUGGCAGCUCUUGAGGAUGUACUUGUUUUUUAGAAACUGAGAAAUUGUGGUUGCUAUGAAGAUAAGAAAUUGGCUAUUCCACUUAUAUUAAUUAGAGGUAGGUUUGGCUACAUAUAACAAUAGAAACAGCAACCAAAGUAUCAGUGCCUUCAAAAAGUUAGAUUUGUUUCUUUUGUAAAAGAAAUCUGGAGGUACACUGUCCAAGCCUGUGUGGCAGCUCUGCAGUCAACAUGCUUAUUCUCUUCUGCUGUGCCACGAUUAGUGUGCCACCUCAUGACCCAAGAGGGCUGUUAGUGCUCCUUCCAUCACAUUCACUUUCCAACCAACAAGAAGAAGGAGCAAAGACAGGAUUGUGCCUUUCUUCUGCUUGGAGCAUUAAUUGAGUGCUAAAUGGUAGUAUUAUACUUUCAAAUGCAAAUUAUUAUUUAAAAAUUAAAAAUUUUUUGAAUUAGGAAUUUAUACAGUGUAAAAUUCAAAAUGUUCAAAACAAUAUUUAGUAAAUGCAAGUUGAUCUCCUCCACAUUUUCCUAGGUCUCCAGCUCUCUUCUAAGAGUCAACAGAUAUCAGUUUUUUGUGUGUUUUGCUCAAGAAAUGAUCUACAAAAGGCAAAUUUAACGAGAAUUUCUCAUUUGGAAGAUAAUUUUGGUUUUAAUAUCUUGGAUUUGGAUUGGAAAAUUGUUUAAAUUGGUAUUUAGAGUAAUAGUUUAUGUCACGAAUAAUAGUUCAUGACACAGCAGUAACCAAUUUCAUGAUGUGAAAAUCCUUUGUGCCCUCAGGGAAACUUAAACUUGGGUAAGAUGCAAAAGGGAAGGGGAGAGAGGAAGUGGUGGCUAAAGUUACUUGAAAUUAGUUGAGAGUCCUUAUAAAAUGUUCUUUUCUCACAUACAAAUCGUGCAAUGAUAUUGAGUUUAAAGUCAGAAAGUGUGGGGUUUAGGGCAAAUGUUCAGAGAAGACACAGUUUUCAAAUAGCUCUAAGAAAAUACUUAAGGAAAUAUUAUGAAUUAUCGCAAAAUUUCCAAGGUCUUAUGAACAGUUCAUUUACCACAAUUGCAACCACAUUAUUACUGCAGGAAACUAUUUCUGCCUUCUAUCUAUAUAUGCUAUAUAAACACAUAUCGACUAACUUAAGAAGAAAG